GCCAAAAUGGCUACACCUCGAAUGAAAGCUCUGGAAGCCAAGGUGGUUGUCUUAGGAAGAGAAGGUGUUGGUAAAACAAGCAUUGUAGUGCGGUACGUGGGGAAAAUAUUCAGCAGAAAUGUGAGUCCAACAGUCGGCGCUUCUUUCUUUACAUUCAAGAUGACCGUGGAUAACCACAGAGUGAAGCUGAUGCUAUGGGACACGGCUGGCCAAGAGAGGUUCCGAUCCAUGGCUCCGAUGUAUUACAGGAAAGCCAAUGCAGCCUUCUUGGUAUACGACAUCACACAGUACUCAACAUUUGAGAAUAUGAAAACUUGGGCCGAAGAACUGAAGAAGGCAGUUGACACACCAAUAGUAAUGUGUGUUUUGGGAAACAAAUGUGACUUGAAAGAACAACGCAAAGUGGCUGCUGACGAAGCCUUGAUGUACGCUGCUUCAAUUGGAGCUUUAUUCUUCGAAACGUCAGCUCUCACAAACGAAGGAGUUCAGGAAGCAUUUCUGCGGCUGUCUUUGGCGCUCAUUUCGCUCAGUAAGAGCGCCCCCAACUGUGGGCUUGUCACCAAGGACUACGACUCACGCAGAAAGUCCGUAGACUUAGUCUCUUUCCCGCCAAAUUUGAAGCUUCUUCGGGAACAGAUCAAGAGGGAGGAGAUGCCGGAGGAAGAUGAGGAGGAUGAGGAAGAUGACAACACAGCAGGGAGGUGCUGCUGA